UGCUGUCGGCCGUGGAGUUCGAUUGCCAGCCUUGCAACGGCACCCCGCCACUCUAGGCCCCCACAUCUCAUCUCGCGGAGGGAGCCCGAAGGCUUGCCUGCCUGCCCUGCACGCCGUCCUCAAGUACAUACCCAAGCAGCCCUCCUCGAGCGCCUUCACCGACCACGACGUCGCCCCUCCCAAAACGAACCCGCCCGUUAGUCUUCGGCCGCCUCCUCGAUCUUAUCGACGUGCAACAGGGCCGCGCUACACAAUAUGCCUGCCGCAGGCUUCUCGGGGAUGCCCCCGCAGCCCGCCAAGGAUGACAUCGAUACUACAUGGACGUAUUUGCAAGAUGGCAUCACCAUGAUUAUGAUGAACCUGCAGCAGGGUAUCGACCUGCAAACAUACAUGGGCAUCUACACAGCCGUUCACAACUUCUGCACAUCCCAAAAGGCGGUCGGCUUCGCCCUACAUAACCAUGUUAUCGGAUCGUCUCAGCGGGGAGCUCACCUCCUCGGCGAAGACCUCUACAAAAAGUUGUCGGAGUAUCUAUCCGACCACUUGCGGGGUCUGGUUGCCGAGUCGAAGGCCCACACGGACGAGGCGCUACUCUCGUUCUAUAUCAGGGAGUGGCAGCGCUACACGGACGCGGCGAAAUAUAUCCACCACUUGUUCCGCUACCUCAACCGCCACUGGGUCAAGCGGGAAAUUGACGAGGGCAAAAAGCACAUCUACGAUGUCUACACCCUGCACCUGGUGCAGUGGCGCGAUGUCCUCUUCUCCAAAGUCUCGGAGAAGGUCAUGGCGGCCGUCCUCAAGCUCGUCGAGAAGCAGCGCAACGGCGAGACCAUCGAGCACAACCAGAUCAAGCAGGUUGUAGACUCGUUCGUCUCGCUCGGCCUGGACGACGGCGAUUCCUCCAAAACGACCCUCGAAGUUUAUCGGUUCCACUUCGAGCGUCCGUUCCUCGAAGCCACCCAGGUCUUCUACGAGAACGAGAGCAAGCAGUUUGUCGCCGAGAAUAGUGUCGUGGAGUACAUGAAGAAGGCCGAAGCACGCCUCGACGAGGAGGAGGAGCGUGUCAAGCUGUACCUUCACCCAGACAUCGCGAUCCCGCUAAAGAAGGCGUGCAACAAGGUACUGAUUGCCGACCACUCCGCCAUUCUACGCGACGAGUUCCAGGUUCUGCUAGACAGCGACCGGGAAGAAGACAUGGCGCGCAUGUACAGCCUUCUGUCGCGCAUCCCUGACGGUCUAGACCCUCUGAGGACCAAGUUCGAGAGCCACGUCCGGAAUGCUGGCCUGGGCGCCGUCGCCAAGGUGGCUUCGGAUGCCGAUAAGCUGGAGCCCAAGGUCUACGUCGACGCCCUGCUCGAAAUCCAUACCCAGUAUCAAGGGCUCGUGAAGCGCGCUUUUAAGGACGAGCCCGAGUUCACGCGGUCCCUAGACAAUGCCUGUAGGGAGUUUGUCAACCGCAAUGAGGUCUGCAAGUCCGGGUCGAACAAAUCGCCCGAGCUGCUGGCCAAGUACACCGACGUGCUCCUCCGCAAGAGCAGCACGGGUGUGGAGGACGCCGAGCUAGAGACGAGGCUCGUCCAGAUCAUGACGGUGUUCAAGUACAUCGAGGACAAGGACGUAUUCCAAAAGUUCUAUUCGCGCAUGCUAGCGCGCCGUCUCGUCCACAGCAAUUCGUCGUCGGACGAUGCCGAGACCAGCAUGAUCACCAAGCUCAAGGAGGCGUGCGGGUUCGAGUACACCAACAAGCUACAGCGCAUGUUCCUGGACAUGCAGAUCUCCAAGGAUCUCAACUCCGGCUUCCGCGAGCACGUCCAGACGCUGGGGACUAAGGGGCUCGACUCAUCAUAUUCGAUCCUGGGCACCGGCUUCUGGCCGCUCACGGCGCCAGGGACCAACUUCAAUCCCCCGGAUGAGGUGUCGGCAGACUGCGAACGCUUCAGCCGCUACUAUAAGAACAAACACGAGGGCCGCAAGCUCACGUGGCUGUGGCAGUUGUGCAAAGGCGAAGUCAAGGCGAACUACGUCAAGAGCGCCAAGAUGCCCUACACAUUCCAGGUGUCGAUAUACCAGAUGGCCAUCCUUCUCUUGUUCAACGAGAAGGAUAAGAACACGUACGAGGAGCUCGCGUCGACAACGCAACUCAAUAACGAGGCGCUAGACCCCUCGCUCGGCAUUCUCCUCAAGGCCAAGGUCCUCAACCUCGAGCCCGGGAGCGGCGGGGCUUCCAAGGUCGGCCCUGGCGCCACCUUUGCUCUCAACUACGACUUCAAGAAUAAGAAGUACCGCGUCAACCUCAACGUGGGCAUGAAGUCGGAAACCAAGCAGGAGGAGGCCGAGACUAACAAGACGAUUGAAGAGGAUCGUAAGCUUUUGUUGCAGUCGGCCAUCGUGCGCAUCAUGAAGGCGCGCAAGCACAUGAAGCACCAGCAGCUCGUCAGCGAGGCUAUCAACCAGAUCCGUGCGCGGUUCGUGCCCAAGGUCAGCGAUAUCAAGAAGUGCAUCGAGAUCCUGCUCGACAAGGAAUACCUGGAGCGUCUGGACGAGGACGAGAUCGGAUAUCUGGCUUAGGAGAACAACCCGUCGAGUUUUAUGGGAAUCUAGCUUUACUGCCCUUCCUUACGUACAGACGGAACAAAAAAAAAUAUCUUUGCAUGGCCGGGCCAGCGGA